AUGAAAAUCUUUGAGGUGUGGAAGAGGGUGAACCGGUCCAUCACCCACCGCCCGCCGGACCACUGGAUCGGCUAUCUCGUCGCCAUCUCAGGGGCUCUGAUGCAAAUGAUGAGCUACGGCAUCGACAACAGUUUUUCGAUCUUCUCGAACAGUAUGCAGAAUGACCCGUCUCUGGGCUACCCAAGCGCAACGACCGUCAGCUUCGGUAACUCCGUCUCUCUAGGGCUGUCACCGGUGUUCGGCGUCUUCGCCGGCUUCCUUGUCGAUCGCGUGCCGCCGCGAGUUAUGAUGCUCACCUCUACGGUGAUGUUAUUCGCUGCAUUGUGGCUGAGCUCGUCCUUUGCGAAGAGCUCGCCGGAGGUCACGGCAUCCUUCUCGCUGCUCGCUUCCAUCUCCUCCGCGUUUAUGCUGUCGCCUGGCGCAGCAGCAACCGGCUCAUGGUUCCGGCGUCGGCUCGGUCUUGGACAAGGGAUCAAUUUCUCCGGCGGCGGCGUAGGCAGCGCCGUUGUUCCGGCGGUGCUCGGCAGUCUCGUGGAUGUCUACGGCUGGCGCCACACCUUCCGCCUCAUGUCUGCCUUCUGCUCCAUCGGACUGGUAGGAACCAUCCUCUCCUGCCGCCGCCACCCGAUCGAAGACGACAUUGACAUAGAGGAGCACGCCCACAGCCACAGCGAGCCAGCGCACACCUCAAACCGCCGCGGCGACAACCUCAGCGAGGAGGGGGACAAUAUUGUGCUCGCUGUAACAGCCGAGGCAGAUGAAAAAGUUACGUCCUCACAGACGACGCAGAUGAUCCAGCCCAUGAGUGAGGAGGCGGAAAAGGCGGCAAGCCACUGCAACGAGAACAUGAGCGAGUUAGUGGAUCGUCACCACCAGCAGCAGCAGGCCCCGCAGAAUGGAAAGGAAGCUCUUGGCACCCGGGUCUGCGGGGUAGAAGAUCUGAUCCAGGAUAUGCACGUGCGGCGCCUAACCUGGAGAGAGAUAAUACGCGUCUUCCUCUCUCUUCGCUUCCUUACGCAUUUCUUCAUGUUCGCCAUCUAUGGGUGGGCCUUCUACGGACUCAUCUACAUGACCGUCCCCUACGUCUCCUCCAUGGGCAGUGCUGGCACGGUGUACGAGAACGUCACCGCCAUCAGCACCUCCAAGGCAUCGACAGUUUUUACAUUUUGGGGUGUGUUUCAGAUUAUAGGAUCCAUCCUGGUAGGCGGCAUGGCCUCCUUCACGGAUGACGCCCUCGCCUACACGAUCUGCGCCGCCGUCGGUGGUGUGGCAACAUCGCUGCUCGUGUUUUGCCGCAGCUACGCAGCCUUUGCCGUGUGCUUGAGUGUUAUCGGCUUCUGCACGGCUGGCAUCUUUGCCAUGAUGCCGGCGCUGAUCGCCAAGGACUUCCAUGGGCCUAAUUUGGGCCUCUUCAUGGGCAGCGUGUUUGUGGCGGCCUGCCUUGGCGGCUUCUCGGCCCCGCCAAUUCAGGCGCAGCUGAAGAGUCGCUACCAUGGCAACUACUCGUACGGCUGUGUAUUCAUCAGCUGCUGCAUGACGCUUCCGGGAGUACUGUGCUACCUGCUCUUGUGGCCAGAGAAGCAGAGUCGCGUCGGUCGUGUCGUCAAGCGCAUGCUGAAGCAGGGGUGA